AUGUCAGUUUUAGAAGAGGUUUUACGCGUCUCGAAAGAUCCAGCAAGGUCUAAGGGCUUUCAUGUUUUACCCGAGGAAUUUGAACCGCCCCUUGACGUUGAUCAAGUGGAUUCAAUUCUUUUGUACCAGUUGACAGAAAAUCUCGAACUCGCGCCGCAGCCAUUUGCUUAUCUCAAGGAGUGCUUUGAACGCGCACAACAGCAAAAAAGGAUAGCGAGAAAGUCACAGCAACAAGAUUUUGGCCUCCUUCAAGAAAUUGAUCGGUUAGUAAUUGGUUAUGGGCUGGUCUUAUUUCAAGUUGAAGAGUUUUGUCAAGGCGAGGACAAUUUCUUACGGUACAUGAGCCAGAUAAUCGCCAAAACUGACGAUUACACUGCUUUCCUCUCACAACUAAUCCAGCGAGCCAUACAAGAAGAUACGUUGUUAGAGUUGACUGAGAAUUUUCUUGUUACCUUGAAAAAAUACAUCGACUCUCUUACUCUGUUCAAUCUCAAUGACUCUCAAGUUGUUUCAUCUGUACUGACGCUCUUUGAGCUUUUUGUCUCCUUCAAGCCUGUUGCCGCGCUGAUCACCAAAGUUAGCGGGUUUUUAGCUGGAUACGACGUGAAACCUAAUCAGUUUGAGAAAGUGACGCUUCUAGGCCCCAUUUUAACUCUUUCACCUCUAAACGCUAGCGUAGCGCUGCAAAAUUAUGGGGACAAUUUAGAGCGCACUCAGCAGCAGACUAACAUGAUUCACGAAUCGCUUCAAACCGAACAUAAAAUGAUCCUGGAUCGCCUCUUCUUUAUCAUGGAUAAAAUUAUCCGAGGAUCAAAUGAAUCGCGUACGGAUUUACUGAUUUACUUUGCGCAGAUAAUUAAUAAGAAUCACUUAAGAAGAGGUGACCACGCUAAUGCCAAUAAAUUGGCAACGAACGCCUUUGUUACGAACAUUGCGCUUCUCCUGAUUCGAUUUUCUCAGCCCUUCCUGGACGUUUCUUACAAGAAGAUCGACAAAAUUGAUGUUAAUUACUUUAACAAUCUAAACCUAUUCCUGGACUUAUCAAGCGAGACCCGUAUGAACUCAGAUUUCAAGGAGGCAGAUGAGUUUUAUGAUAAAAACAAGAAAAACGAAGAUAAUAAACCCAAUUUCAUAUCUGAUUGCUUCUUCCUCGCCAUGGCGUAUCUUCAUUACGGUAUUGGCGGCGCCAUACUUUACGAGGAGAAAGUUACUCCACAGGUUAAACGUAUGAGAGAAGAGGUUGGAAGAAUAAAGAGAGCCGCGCAGUCCCAGGACAUGUUUGCCAGAUUCGCUGCCAUGCAAUUACCUGCCUUAGAAAAAUCUCUUCAAACCAUGCAGUCUAUUAAACAAGCUUUGCAAGGAUUUUUUUCGCACAAAACCUUACAGCUGGAGGCGUUUGAUUUUAUCAGUGGCGCUUCCACCUUCCUUGUGCGAGUCAUCGACCCCAAUCAUGAAUUCCCUUUCAAACAGAUACAUCUACCCCUCAUACCUGAUCAAGUAGGUGUAGAAAACGUUGACAAUGCAGACUUUCUCAGAGAAAAUGCUCCCGUUCCAUUCAAAUAUUUUCCAGAAUUCGUCAUCGAAGGUAUCAUCAACUACACUCAGCACAUUUCUAAAUUUGUGAUGUCGCCAAUGUUUGGAAAUCCUCGUCUACACUCCUUUAUUGAAUUAGCAACAGUGAUUCUGCGCUGCCCAGAGUUAGUGUCAAAUCCGCAUUUAAAGGGAAGCUUGGUGCAGGUCCUGAGUGUGGGUGCUAUGCCGAUGCGUGAGAAUACGCCAGGGUUUAUGAUGGAUGUAUUCGAAAACAACGAAUUGGUCAGCGGUAACUUGCUGUAUGCCUUAUUGGACUUUUACGUUAUAGUUGAAAAAACGGGCUCUUCUUCUCAAUUUUACGACAAGUUUAAUACCAGAUACAGUAUCUCAAUUCUUUUGGAAGAGCUUUACAAAAUCCCAGACUACCGCCAAAAGAUCAUCUGGCAGUCCCGAAAUAAUGCCGAUUUUUUUGUGCGAUUUGUGGCACGUAUGCUUAACGAUCUUACCUUUUUACUCGACGAAGGUUUGAGUAGUUUGACAGAGGUUCAUAAUAUUCAGCGUGAAAUCGAAAGCAGAGUACGUGGCGUCGCUCCAACAAGGGAAGAAACUGACAAGGAGCUGCAGACAAAGCUUGCUUCCUCAGAGAGGCAAGCGAAAUCGUCCUGUGGUCUGGCCGAAAAAUCUAUCACUUUGUUUAAUAUAUUUUCCAAAGACAUCCCCGCCGCGUUUUCCACGCCCGAGAUCGUCGAUAGAUUAGCCGGAAUGCUGGAUUAUAAUUUGGCAUCUUUAGUUGGACCAAAAUGUCGAGAGCUUAAAGUCAAGGAUCCUAGAAAAUACUCUUUUGACGCGAAAUCACUUUUAAAGUCGCUGUGCACCGUUUACAUCAACCUUUCCGACCAGCCGGAAUUUAUUUCUGCGGUUGCGAAGGACGGCAGAUCUUUUAGUAGAGAAUUGUUCGAUCGAUCUGUGCACAUAUUAGGGACCAAGACGGGACUGGCAAGCGAUGAAUUUUGCGUGAAACUACAACAGUUUGCGCGAGACGCUCAAGAUCAAAAAAUCGCAGAAGAAGAAGAGGACCUGGAGAUGGUAGAAGCGCCAGACGAAUUUUUAGAUCCGUUGAUGUUUACAAUCAUGAAAGAUCCUGUGAUAUUGCCGACUUCAAAGGUCACAAUUGAUCGUAGUACCAUCAAGGCCCAUCUACUGAGUGAUUCCACUGAUCCCUUCAAUCGCAUGCCUCUAAAAUUAGAAGACGUUGUCCCCAACGAUGACUUGCGGCAUCAGAUUGAAAUGUUUAAAAACAAGAAGAGGAUGGACAGAGGAUGA